UUUCCAAAGGCAUAUAAUAUUUGACGAGAGCGAAGUGCAUGAUAGCUCUCUCUGUCGGCGGAUAACUCCAAGAAGCAGAGUAGACUGAAGAGCCCUCCAAAAUCUCUUCUUACUGUGAAGGACUACUCCAUUUUAACUACCAAUUGUGCACUGAUUCUCGCUCUUUCCUAUUUUGCCUACAUUUGCGUAGUUUGUCACUGGCUCACCAGAGACGCACUGAGCCUUUUCCGGCAUUUGGGAGGGGAUCUUGUAGAUAGAGUGAGAGAGAGAGAGAGCUUCAACUUUGUGGCUGGGCAUGAAGUAUUCUUCUUCUUGGAUCUACAGAAGGGUGUUCCUCUUUUCCAGCUGAAGUACGUCAACUCGAUUUAUGCUGUACUGUUUUUUGGCAUAUUACUGUAGGCAUCAAAGAUUUAUCCCAAUCUCAUCAUGGGGUCUAAGCAUAACUCAUCGGGCAAUAGAACACGCCCCUUGUCGAUAUUUGUUAUUAUUGGUCUCUGCUGUUUCUUUUACCUUUUGGGAGCAUGGCAGAAGAGUGGCUUUGGAAAAGGGGAUGGCAUAGCUCUGGAAAUAACCAGGCAGACAGAUUGCAGCAUCUUUACGGAUUUAAAUUUCGAGGCUCACCACAAUCUCGUUGAAAUUAUUCAACCUUACACACCUAAAGCCAAAGUUUUCAAGCCAUGUGAUAUUCGAUACAGAGAUUAUACUCCUUGUCAAGAACAAGACCGAGCAAUGAAAUUCCCAAGGGAAAAUAUGAUAUACAGGGAAAGACAUUGCCCUCCUGAUGAAGAAAAAUUGCGCUGUCUUAUCCCAGCGCCGAAAGGAUACGCGACUCCUUUCCCCUGGCCUAAAAGCCGUGAUUAUGCCCACUAUGCUAAUGUUCCUUAUAAAAGCCUGACGGUUGAGAAGGCUGUCCAGAACUGGGUGCAGUUUCAGGGAGAUGUGUUCAAAUUUCCAGGUGGAGGAACAAUGUUCCCUCAAGGUGCAGAUGCAUAUAUCAAUGAACUUGCAUCAGUUAUUCCAAUUGCAGAUGGCUCUGUCAGAACAGCACUGGAUACUGGUUGUGGAGUUGCAAGCUGGGGUGCAUACUUGCUAAAGAAAAAUGUAUUGGCAAUGUCCUUCGCACCAAGGGACAAUCAUGAAGCACAGGUACAGUUUGCAUUAGAACGAGGUGUACCUGCUGUUAUAGGUGUUCUCGGUUCAAUACAUCUUCCAUACCCAUCAAGAGCCUUUGAUAUGGCUCAGUGCUCUCGAUGUUUGAUACCGUGGACUGCAAAUGAUGGCAUGUACCUGAUGGAAGUUGACCGAGUCCUCAGACCUGGUGGAUACUGGAUCCUGUCUGGCCCUCCAAUCAAUUGGAAGACCUACUACCAAACAUGGAAACGAUCUAAGGAGGAUGUCAUGGCUGAACAAAGAAAGAUUGAAGAGCUGGCGGAACUUCUUUGCUGGGAAAAGAAGUAUGAGAAGGGAGAUAUUGCUAUUUGGAGGAAAAAAAUAAACGCCAAAUCAUGCAGAAGAAAGUCAGCCAAUAUAUGUGCAUCAAUGGAUGCUGAUGACGUGUGGUACAAGAAAAUGGACACGUGUAUAACUCCCUUCCCUGAGGUAACCAGUGCAGAUGAAGUAGCAGGAGGGGAGUUGAAGAAGUUUCCAGCUAGGCUUUUUUCUGUCCCUCCUAGAAUAGCUAAAGGAUCCAUUGAAGGUGUCACAACUGUAUCUUACCAAGAGGACAAUAAACUUUGGAGAAAACGUUUAGAUGUCUACAAAAGGAUAAAUGGAUUGAUUGGCACUACAAGAUAUCGGAAUGUCAUAGAUAUGAAUGCAGGCCUUGGAGGAUUUGCUGCUGCACUUGAAUCACGAAAUUCUUGGGUGAUGAAUGUGGUGCCUGCAAUUGCUAAGAACACUUUAGGUGUCAUUUAUGAGAGAGGUUUAAUCGGCAUAUAUCAUAACUGGUGUGAAGGCUUUUCUACUUACCCAAGGACAUACGACCUUAUUCAUGCGAGUGGUGUAUUCAGCUUGUAUCAGAACACGUGCCAACUAGAAGACAUCCUUCUGGAGAUGGAUCGCAUCUUGCGGCCUGAAGGGUCUGUCAUCUUGAGGGACGGAGUUGAUGUCCUGAAUAAGGUUAAGAAAAUUGCUGGAGGCAUGAGAUGGAAUACCAAAUUGAUAGAUCAUGAGGACGGACCCCUUGUGCCAGAGAAGAUAUUGGUUGCAUUCAAACAGUAUUGGGUCGGCAGUAGCGGAAACAGCACAUCCAAUGACCAGUAAACCAGGAUAUAUUUUCGUGGUGAUUGGAAGCAAGAGUCUAGCACCAAAAUUACCAACUUGCUCUGAUGCGUAGGUACUCGAAGAGUUCUGAUCCUCAGAGAUGGCAUGUAUAAGUUAUAGAUUUGUGUUUGUGAUGUAGGAAUAUGGGAUUUCUAUCUUAGCUUCCAUCCUUGUAUUCAUUUUGGAGGGGGACGACAAAAAAAGCACAUCCAAAUAAUUAUUUCCACUUUACCACAGAGAUAAUUGUUAAGCAUGACAUUGGUAAUUAUCAUAAUAAAUUAUUAUUGCUUUAUUGACUUUA